AUGAGCCAAGCUGAUCAAGGGAACAACAACAUUCCGGUGCAGCGCAAGCGUGGUCGUCCACGGAAACAUCCUCAGCCAAAGAACUCAGGGCACAAUGCUGCAAGUAUUGGCAUUAAUAGUCCUCCACCAACAGCCCCUCCUGGAUUUGAAAGAAGGGUUGUACGUACAACUGAUGUGAGGGUGGGAUCAGUGGUCUGCGGUUUCAUUGAUGCAGAAUUUGAUGGAGGGUAUAUGCUCACAGUUAGGGGUGAUAACUUUCAUACCACUUUAAAGGGUGUUUUGUACAAGCCUGGAUCUUACCCUCAUGUCUCAGCAGAGAAUGGUGUGGGCCUUGGUGAUCCAAUGAUAAGAAGAAAUGAAGUUCCAGAUGUUCAUGGUUCAUCAACUUGUGUUCCAUCAGCUCCUCCUCCUCUUCCUCCUCCAUCAAAUGGAUCAACGGUAAAAAACAAGGCAGAGAAAAUAAUGAAGUUGCUACUUGGGUUAAUCAACCCUCCACAGAGGCACUGCUUCAGGCAGAAGCCAGAUCCAUGA